GUAAUAUUUGACAGUAAGCAGUGUUAUAAAAUUUGUGUAUACUAAAACAUUGUUUUUUCAUAUUUAAUAACUAUUUAUUACGAACUCAAUAACAGCAUUAAGCGUCAGAACGCUUUCUUGGGUUAAUUGAUCAGUAUUAUAAUUCUCUUUGUUGAUCAGUAAACCAUAAGUUUGGGCAUAAUACCUCAGAACACAUAAUACAUUUUUAGAAGUUACAACUUGUUGCAAGAAAUUUUGAAAACUACAAAGAAUGUCAGAAGUGGCUGUGAAAAACGUUGAUAAUGCCUGUGAAACCGCUGAAGAAUUUACAAGAGUUUUCUACAAGCAAGUUGAUAAUAGUCGACAUCUAACCUCCAAAUUAUACCUCGACACAGGGUUGCUCGUUUGGAACGGCAAUGGAAUCAAUGGCAAUGAAAAAAUACAGAAAUUCCUAAUGGAUUUACCGGCGAGUCACCACGUGCUCAGGACGUUGGAUGCUCAGCCAAUAUCGGAAAACCUAGUUUCAAAUAAAUUGACAUAUUUGAUUCAAGCCUGCGGCGACGUGACUUAUCAAAACGAUGACGCCAAGAAGCCUUUCCAGCAGACCUUUCUGAUUGUGGCCGUCGAUGGAAAGUGGAAGAUUGCAUCAGAUUGCUUUAGGCUUCAAGUACCAUACCUCACACCUUAGUUUAACAAUAUUUAAUAAGUAAACAGUAUUGUGUAUAUAUUCUCUAUGACAAGUGGUUUUCUUGUUGAACAUUUUAUAUUAUUCAAAAUUGAUGCACUUUCAAGAGCAUUAUACAGUUUUUUUAUAAAGAACUACCACCAAGAUUAUAAUAUUUACAAGUAAUUUAUUUAAUGUAAGUUAAUGUAGAUUAGGUAAAACAUUUCAUAUCUUUUGGACAUUGUAUAUCACAGAUCCAUGGCACAUUGUAAUGGUGUUCUAUUAUGGAUAGCUCAUUAAAUAAUUGAAAAU